CACUUUUGGGUCUCUUUUUAAAGUCCACCCCAACUGCUGCGGGCGCCGCCCAGUCAUCUUACCCGCGACUUCCGAUUGGACUGUCCGACCCGCAUCACGUGCAAAACCCUGGAGCACAGCAUCCCUCCCUUUUCCCUUAGCCAACCCUCGACAUCCCAUACGGAUAUGGAACCCAAAGCCGACGAGCACUAACACAUCGGGUAAUAGAUAUGGCAACACAAGCUGUCGCAGAUGAACCUGGCUCAGUUCCCAUGGGACCCCAAGCCAGAGGCCCAGCCUACACCCGCCGCAUCUAGUGGACCACCGGCGACAGCUCCUCCGAGCUCACUCCCUGCGGCGACGGCCGGUUACACCCAGUCCACGUUGAGCCCUCAAGGCCCGGCGCAAACCCUCUCCCUUCCAGGCCCUUUCCCCCCGGCCUCCAAUUCGAUGCCCAUGAAGCCAGAGCCCGGUUAUGUUCAGGCGGAGCCCACCAUCAAGCAAGAGCCUGGGCUCCCGCCCAAUCAUCCCGGCUAUAACCCUGCCAAUGGCGCCCGCCCAACAGCAGCACAGCGCGCUGCUCUCGCGCUGGAAAGCCAAUACGGGCAGCGGGCUGCUGCGUCUAUUAGUGCUAUCCACAGCGGCAUGGCUCAGAUCAACCCUGCUGGUCAGCCUCAGCAGGGUCCGCGACCGGGACAGCAGCCGCCACAGCAGCCGCCACAGCACAUGAACCCGCAACAGCAGUAUCGCCAGGGUGUUGCAGCCAGUAUGCAGCAGCGCAUGCAGCAAAUGCCCCGCCCUGGGCCACCAAACGGCCUCCCCCCAUCUCAGCUCGACGGGCCGGGUGAUGAGGAGGAGGCAGAGUCGUCGGCCGUAAUGGACCGUGCUCAAAUUGACGAGCACCUCCAUGCGCAGAUUGCGGCGAGGGCCAAGCAGAUGGAGGGCGGCGGCUUGAUGCUGCCGCUCAAGCAGGCUACCAAGGAUCGCAGCCUCGCUAAGAAGCGAAGUGCUGCCGAUGGCCCUGCCCAGCUUGACGGCGGGUUGGAUGACGAUGUGAAGAGCGAGGAGGACGAUGAGGAUGCCAUCAACUCCGACCUCGACGACCCUGAUGAGGCCGGGGACGAUGAUGAGGAUGACGACGAUUCCAUGGGCCAUAUGAUGCUGUGCAUGUACGACAAGGUGCAGCGCGUCAAGAACAAGUGGAAGUGCGUCCUGAAGGAUGGGGUGCUCACUGUGAAUGGCAAGGAAUACGUCUUCACCAAGGCUACCGGCGAAUACGAGUGGUAAAACCCACUCCCGCUUUCGCUUUCCCACAUUGGCUUUUUAUCGGCCGUUGCAACUACAUCACGUACCUGGCCGGCAGUGGGGCAACACUCCCUGCCUUUAUGAGUCAACGAACUCUUAGUUCCUCGCAUCGAUCUCUCCCUACUCUCAGAGAAGAGUCACAGUCAGUAUCGACCGGCUCACUUCUAUAUUCUCCUCUCUGCAACUGAGAGAUUUGCGGUUGUUUAUUUGCGCUCUCCCUUUCUAGGUUCUCUCCCUUUGCCGGUUUUCUAUUCAAAAGACAUGACGCCUGCCUCUCGGCGGACAGAUAUCGCCCAUAAAAACAAGGGCGGCUUU